ACAUCUGUGUUUAAUCUUGUUCCAAUCAUUUUCAUUUUACUCCUCUUGCAGCAAUCAAACGUUUUUUGAACCAACAAUGGCCGAAGCAAUUGCUUUCGACAUUGCCGUAGAGCUUAUUACUAAAUUGAGCUCCUUCGCUGUCUCUCAAAUUGGACUGUGGAGGAAUGUCAAAGAUGACCUCGAUGACCUCGGAACCACUGUCUCCACCAUCAAAGCUGUGAUCCUUGAUGCAGAAGAGAAAUCAGUGACCAACAAUCUCGUUAAAGUUUGGCUUGAGGAGCUGAAAGAUGCACUUUAUGAUGCCGACGACUUGCUUGAUGAUUUCUCUACCGAAACUUUGCGGAAAGAUCUAAUGGGUGGGAAAAAGCUGAUGAAAGAGGUACGCCUUUUCUUCUCAAGCUCUAAUCAGUUUGCUUACGGUCUCAAAAUAGGUCGGAAAAUUAAGGCCAUUAAUGCGAGGUUAGCUUCAAUUGAAAGUAAGGCCAACUCUUUUGGCUUCAUGGUGCGUGACCGCCCCUUGGAAACCUCUUUCAUGACUAAAAAGAGGGAGCAAACACACUCUUUUGUGCCUAAAGAUAAAAUAAUAGGGAGGGACAAUGAUAAAGCAGCUCUUCUAAAACUCGUGUUAGAGUUUGAAAGUGAAGAGAAUGUUUACAUCAUUCCAAUUGUGGGGUUAGGAGGGUUAGGGAAGACUGCUUUGGCCCAGUUAGUCUAUAAUGAUGAAAUGGUACUCAAAAAUAAUUUUGAGUUGAUGAUGUGGGUGUGUGUUUCGAAUGUUUUUGAUGUCAAACUAAUUGUAGAAAACAUUAUCAAAUCUGCAACUGGCCAAGCACCAGAUCAAAAUCUCGAAAUGGACCAAUUGCAAAAACAACUUCGAGAAAAAAUUGGUGGGAAAAAGUAUUUACUUGUUUUGGAUGACAUUUGGAAUGAAGAGAGAGAAAAUUGGGUUAGUUUAAAAGAGUUAUUGAUAGGUGGGGCUAAAGGAAGUAGGAUAAUAGUAACUACUCGCUCUUUUAAGGUAGCCAAGAUCACUAGUAAAUGUCAACCUUAUGUUCUAAAAGGCUUGUCUGAUUACGAUGCUUGGUCUUUGUUCAAAGAAAUAGCAUUUGAGCAAAGAUAUGCAGACUCAACAGAUUCAGCCUUUGUGGAAAUAGGACAACAGAUUUUGGAAAGGUGUGGUGGGGUGCCUUUAGUCAUAAGGACGAUAGCAAGUACAUUAUCUUACAAAGAAACUGAACAGGAUUGGCGUUCUUUCAAAGAUAAUGAACUUGCUAGAAUAUCUCAAAACGAAGAUAAUAUUCUACCUACACUUAAGUUGAGUUAUGAUCAUCUCCCGGCCCAUUUGAAGCAUUGUUUUGCUUAUUGCCGAUUGUAUCCAAAAGAUUAUGAAAUUGAUGUACAAACGCUUGUUCAAUUUUGGGUUGCACAAGGUUUCGUAAAACAAUCAAAUGGAACACAAUCUCUUCAAGAGAUUGGGGAAAGAGAGUAG